AUUAGGAAAAUAUGGUAAAAUUUUAAAGUGCAGGUCAAAAUCCUGAACUCCUUUUCACCCUCUCCAAUCGCCAUUGUCGACAAGCCCCAUUGCUCUCCAUCCUCCGAGGCCGUGGUCAACUCCUUUCCAAUUUUCGUCGUCAACAAGACAUACUUCUAAUUCAAUCGCUUUUGCCGACGACUCAUAAAUUUUCUGGUCCGAGUGAAGUGGCAGGAUGGACAUCAUUUCACAGUUACAAGAACAAGUCAAUCAAAUUGCGGGUAUUGCCUUUAAUACCUUUGGUACACUGCAAAGGGAUGCUCCUCCUGUUCGACUCUCUCCAACCUACCCAGAACCACCAGCUACUAAUCCCCCAGAGGAUGCAGCAAAUUUUCUGGAGCAACCCAAGCUCAUGAGUGCUGCUCUUGUAAAAGCAGCUAAGCAGUUUGAUGCAUUGGUUGCAGCUCUUCCAUUAGCUGAGGGUGGUCAAGAAGCUCAAUUGAAAAGGAUUGCAGAACUCCAGUCUGAGAAUGAUGCUGUGGGUCAAGAAUUGCAGAGGCAACUGGAAGCUGCUGAGAAGGAACUGAAACAGGUGCAAGAGUUGUUCAGCCAGGCUGUGGAUAAUUGCUUGAAUUUAAAGAAACCAGAUUGAAUGAAGUGCAAUUGAUAAACUCCACCAUUCUAUCUACAUUAGUCAUGUAGGGUCUUUCCAGGUAUAAUUUAAUUGCAUCUAAUCCAAGUAUUACUUGUUUUGUUAAAGCACCUUAAUUUCGGAAUUAUGUUUAUAUAUUAGGAAAGUGUUAGUUUGAUUAUUGACAUGAUGCUAUUAUGUUAUCACAUGAGCAAGAGUCUCAAAUUUUCAUUCCUUGACCGGUAUGUAACUUUUGAAGUGAGAAUGAUAAUCACAAAAUGCUAGAUGUAUCAAUUUACCACAA